AUGCGAAAACCACGUAUCUUCCAAACACCAUGCCUCAUAACCACAUGGCUACUAACGCUAACAAUACCAUGCCACGCCUUCUACCGUCUAUGGGGCUACAGCGACCUCCGCAGAAACCUCGAAAACACCCGCCUCUUCAAAGCCCAAUCCUCUCUUCUCACAAGAGGCAGUAAACAAAACCAAAAGCCACUAUGUCAUUCAUUCCCAGACCCGAGCGAUACCCCUCUAGGCGUCAUCCGAGUCGUUGGAAUAAUGAACCACCCGGAUCUCGCCAAUCCAAUCCAAGCUAUGGGAUUAUGGGAAGAAAAAGAUUUUAACUGCGGACCUUUCUUACCGCGAUUGGUUAUAUAUUUUCAACCUGGUCAGGAGACUCAGAUUAUUGAUUUACGGCCGUUUGGUGGGGAGUGGGUUUAUUCGAAUUGGAAGCAGAUUGUACCGGGAGAUCAAUAUUGGAAUUCAUUUAUUGCGCCGGAGCUUACAACGGGGAAGGAAAGGCCUGGUAGUGGGUUUGUUAAGAAGAUAAAAAGAAAGGAAGAUGAUCAUAAUUUCGCAGAGGGAGCAAGCACCGUUUGGAAUACACAAGUACCGGAGGACUCUUGGAUAAUCGAUAAGAGACCCGCUCUUCUACAAAGAGAUGCUUCAAAGUCGGGAUUUGAGUCACGCUUCAAAACGGAGCUUACGACCUUACUUGUGCAGGAGAUAGCUUAUCCCUUAAGUGACAAAAAGGCUUUGGAGUUAGCUGUGGGGCUUACUAUCAUGAAGCAGGCUUUGGCAGAGCAAUGCGGGAAAUGGCGGUUGAACAGAAUUGACAGAGAUGUUCAGGGUCUUCCGGAGGAAAAGAAUGUUGAUAGCCAAUUUAUGAAGAUGAUAAAAACAGAUACUCCGAUUGUUUUGAAUCCCUUCCUGAUCGGGUAUCAAGGUUUAGCAAGACAGCAAGAUCUAGAGCAAAUAGGGCAGCAAGGCCAGGUCGAACAGCAAAUGCAGAUAGAAGGCGGAACCACAGAAGCCCCCAUCGAGGUGAAGGAAGAAGCUGAAGUCAAGAGAGAGGAAGUAAAGAAAGAAGAAGACCAGACAAAUCCCGAACUGAUAAAUCCAGGUCUUAUACCUCCAAUUCCCGCCCUCAGCAAAACCCCUAGAAAUCAGCAAAUAUCUACAAACCCCAACAACCCAGGUUACCGAGAUCUAAACCUCGCCAUGCAGACAUACAUGAAUACCUUCCCCACACCCCAGCAGGCAAACUUUCCAGAAUCUUUAAUACAAAACUACAAUCCCUACGCCAACGGCCGCAUACCAGACCCGAUUACAUAUACGACCCAACCAUGGGCUCCUUCGAUCGAGGAAAUGAUACUAAUGCACCAACAGAGCUUACUUCAUAACGAGUAUCAACGUGAACAAAAGGCCCUCGAACGGACUAUAUCAGGGACCGGGUUUUUGCCAAUCAAACCUCGUCCGCUCGGCAUGGAUCCAUCCGUCAAGGUUAUACCCCAACUGCAUAGAUUUAUUACCCCCAUCCCUCGACUUGUUGCAAAUCAAGGAGUAAACGUGCAAAAUAUCAAUGCGAAGAGGGUUUUACCAUCCGCCGAGGAUACAUUAAAAAGCAUUGAAGGCGAACAGUUGCGAAAAGGAUUUGUUCCAAAUCAAAGCCCUCAACAACCAACAUGGGCGCAAGUGCAAGAGAAAAGAGAAGAAGAAGGAGAAGAAGAAGAAGAGAAAGAGGAGUUACCGCGAAUCCCGAAGCCAAGAAGACCCCAAAGCGAGGAAGACUUUAUACGAGACUUUCUGGAGCGGAACACAAAGGCAGAUAAAAGAAAGACAAGAGACAUAUAA